AAACCAGUUACGUUAUAUUAUCAAAAGACAGCAGACACUUGCGUUUCACUUAAAUCUGGUCAGUUUGUGUUCGGGCUCCGUGAUGCGCUACUGUUAGCUUAAUGUUUAACUUUUACAGCACUUUCACAGUAAAUCCACACACCGUUACAUCCGCAUUCGUCAGCUAGCUAACAGCUAAUAACGUUGCGUUAACUCUGAGCUCAUCUGGGCACAGCUGCAGCCAGCUCUCGGAACAGAUUAGAGACAUCACUGUUAAAAAACAUGGACAGUGAUCGGGAGAAGAAGCAGCUGUCUGGGAUGUAAAAGAGUUGUCGGAGAAGUCAAGGUUUUUGCCUCACCCCCUGAAGCUGGAUUUUGAGGGUUCAGCGAUGGAUUUUCACCAAUAAGUUUUCCUUACUUCACAGAGCUUAUACACUUGAUUCACUGUUUUGUUCAGCAGCAUGUUUCGCCGCCAUGGGAUGACUGGUCAGUGAAACUGUGACUCACAGUAUUUCUGCUGAAAUGUCCUGCACAGACGAAAUACCUUAAACUAGAACUAACAGCAUCUACGGUUGCCAUUUUACUAUUUGACAUCAGCGCAGUCACACAGCCAUGGGUUUCUGUUCGCCUGUGUGCAAGAUUUUGCGGAGGGGAAAGUAUUUUGUACUGCUCCUUCUCUCGCUCUCAGUGCUUGCAUGGAUCGCGACUUUUUCAGGCGAAACAGUGAAAUCUGGACAGGUUUCCUCUGCCACGCCACAGACUCUUGCCAAAGGAGACACCCUAAGGGAUAAAGUCAACACUUGGACAGCGGCACCCGAUCACGUAAACACUCCAGCACCAAAAGAAGAAUGUCCUGAGGAGUCACCAUUGCUACAGGGAGCUGUGAAGCUGUCAUUUGAAUCCUCUCUGAAACUGAAGGAUGUGGAGAGUGAGAACAAAGGAGUGACUGAGGGUGAAUACGAGCCCUCGGACUGUACAGCGAGGCAGAGCGUAGCCAUCCUCAUCCCUCAUCGCAGCAGAGAGAGACACCUCCUCUACCUCUUACACCACCUGCACCCCUUUCUGCAGAGGCAGCAGCUACACUACGCCAUUUAUGUCAUCCAGCAGGCUGGUGAUGCAACUUUCAACCGUGCCAAGUUACUCAAUGUCGGGUAUUUGGAGGCACUGAAGGACUACAGUUGGGAGUGCUUCAUCUUCCAUGAUGUGGACCUUGUUCCUGAAAAUGAUCAUAAUUUAUAUGUCUGUGACAAGCAGCCCAAACACUUGGUGGUUGGCCGGAACGCCACAGGAUACAAGCUGCGUUACAAAGGCUACUUCGGAGGAGUCACAGCUAUGACCAAAGACCAGUUUUUUCAAGUGAAUGGAUUCUCAAACACAUACUGGGGUUGGGGUGGAGAAGAUGACGACCUUCGCAUCAGGGUGGAGCUGCAGAAAAUGAAGAUUGUGCGUCCGCCCGCUGAUGUGGCUCGCUACACCAUGGUGUUUCACAAACGGGACAGUGGCAAUGAAAUAAACAAAGACAGGAUGAAGUUGUUGGGACGAACACCACAGGUGUGGAGAAAGGAUGGACUGAACAGCUGCUCAUAUAAGACUUUGUCGAUAGAGAGGUUCCCUCUUUACGUGAAUGUUACUGUGGACAUUGGUAAGCCACAGAGUUGAGAUUUCAAACAGGAACCCCCCCUCCGCUGUGACCAAAAAUUAUUUUAUAUUUUCUACAGUAUGUUACGGCCACUGAGUGCAGGAAGGUGACUACAUGUGUACGAGACUCCAUAUUAAGCACACAAAAUGCACAUUGUUUGAAUUAGUUUACAUUAUGAAAUUAAGUGCACAUUUCUGCAUAUCAUGCUGCUUUUAAUUCACCAUAUUGUUACCAGUCUGCAAAACAAAAUCAAUGAGUGUUUUUUUUUUUCUUUUAAGUAAUAAUUGGCUUUGGUCAAACAAAGAAAUUGCUGCAAUACAGCUGCCAGACUUAGAUUAACUUAUUCAUAUGCCUCAUUAUUUGCCUGCAUAAUAUAAUACAGCAUAAAACAUGCUGAUAUUGGACAAUGUGUAUUUUGUGUGCUUUAUUCUACAGCUGCAUCGACUUUUUCUAAACAUCUACAGACACAAGCAUUGUCACUUGUUUUGCCUAACUCGAUCUUGUCUUAGGAGUGUCUGUGAGGCACAGAUUGAUCUCCCUUUUUUUGUUCCUGUAAUAUUUCUAACUAGCAUGUGGUGACCUCACACAUUUCCCAGAAGUCUAAUCAGAUAAACUGAGAAAAUAUCUUUGUAGGUGUGCAGAGCCCUUAAGAUUAAGUUAAUGUUUAGAGACAUCACCCCCCCCCCCUUAAGAGUCAUCAUUGCUUAACAGUGUUGAAGCACAGUUGAUGUAAUCAGGCUUUUUAGGUACGGAUCACAAAAAUAAUCUUUAAUAUCUAAAUAUAAAUACAUUAAAUCAUUUAAAUGAAUUACAAACAAAAUGAUUACUAAGUAGCAACAUGGUUUCUAGGUUAAAUGCAUCUUUAACUGCGGAGUCUAACCAUUGGUUAGUCAGUGUUCUGGCAAAAACAAUAAUUAGAGGACCACAAAACAAAGUAAUGGCCGUUUCUAUGUUGUUGUGUUUUGUUUUUUUUUUAAAGAUUAUUUUUUUGGGCUUUUUGCCUUUAAAGGACAGGACAGAUUGAAAUGGGGUGAGAGAGAGUGGGGGUUGACAUGCAGCAAAGGGUUGCAAGCCGGAGUCGAGCCUGCGACCGUUGCAGCGAGGCAUAGCCUCUGUACAUGGGGCGCCGGCACUAUCCACUACGCCACCGACGCCCCGUUUCUAUGGUUUGUUGACUGAUACAAUAAUAGCUGUCUCAGGCCUUGGAUGGCACGGUGAUGCAGUGGCUAGCACUUUCACCUUACAACAAGCUGGUUUGGGGUUCGAACCUGUGCCCAUCUGUGUGGAGUCUGCAUAUUCCCCCAUGUUAGCGAGGGUUGUCUCAGAGAAAACCUUCAAAGGUCAGGUUACAGUAAUUAUUGACUGUGUGUGUGUGUGUGUGUGUGUGUGUGUGUGUGUGUGUCAGCCCUGUGAUAGUGUUGUAACCUGUCCAGAGUCUGCCCCACCUUUACCCAGUGACAGCUGGGAUGAGCUCCCCACACCACCCUAAGUAGGACAACAGGUUACAGAUAAUGUAUGGAUUGAUCUGAGGUCUUUCUCAUCUUAAACCUUGCUAGUAACAUACUCCUCUUUUCAUAAAGUGAGGAAAUAAACCAACAAAUAUAAUUACUUAGGGUAUAAAGGGACAAUAACAAGAACCCUGGGUACAGAAGAAGAAAAGGCUCAAGGACAUCUGAAAAGCAAUAAUAAUAUAUAGAGGGCUGGUCAUAUCAAUUGAUAUUCAAUAGAAAUAUGUUAUUGUGAAAACUGAUCAUGUAUAUUGAUAGUGGUCAACUGUUAGAACAUUUCUGCUCUUGGGAUUUGGUGGCACUUUAAAGAUCGGACUGCUCUAGAAUAAACCUAUACUAUUAGUUAAACACUAAAAAGAGGCUCAGGCUGCCUUAUGCCAACUGACUUUAUUCCCAGAACUUAAUAACCUUGACCAAUUUUUUUAUUUUUUUUUUAUCUUGAAAAGUAGUUUCUUUGAGCCAAAAUGAUAAGAUAUGAUUUCUUAUGUUGCAUGACUUUUAAUAUAUGGCCUUAUAUGCUUUUUUUAAGCAGGCAUUGAUGGGUGGUGGAUUCUUAUUUAUUACAUUAACAUGUUUAAAAUGAUAACUGUAGUCUUUUGAGACCAAUCAGUUUAACUUUUUUUACUGUUAUCCUAUGUGAAGAAAUUUCCGUCUAGAAAAAGCUGCAUACUUAUGCUUUUGAUCACUGCAUGCUGCCUUCAGCAGUGCCUUCACACUGUCGCUGAACUGCAUCUGCAGUUUGCUGUUGCCAUUAUGAAGCUCCCAAAUGAGAGUUACAUUGUUUUACAUUUCAAAAAACCGAAGUACACGUUUUCUAGAUUGUUGGCGGUCUGACCACCUGUGUCAUGUUCACUUUUUGGUCACAUUUCAAACACGAAUGAAUGUCUUAUGGUUGUUUUUCUACUGUGGGUUGAAAACUUUUACAUGUGAAAAAAUAUUAUUAAGCUUCGACUCCUCAAUAGGAUUUUGUAAAAUGAUAGCAACCAAGAAAAUUUUGGUAAUAUUGUAGCAUCGAACAUCUCACUGACAUAUUUUAUUUGUACUUUAUAUGAAAUCAUUGUAUGAAAUUCAAAGUGAUGCCAUAUUAACUCUUUGGGAAUGUCACCUGGUGGAUUUAUUUCGAAUGUUUGUUUGUUGAUUUGGGAUGAUUUGUCUUUUUGUGUGUGUGUGUGUGAUGAUGGGAGAAGGAGAUCAUGCUUUUCACUUCUAAUAGAAUUAUUUUCUCUUUAGAACUCAUGUAUAAUAAAUAGUAUUUUUUCUUA